UCUUUUAUUCAUUUGUUUGGCUGUUUCACCUAUUAAAUAUGAGAUUGAAAGCGUUUAAAUAUGUUCGGGACUGUUUUUAAAUGUUUGGUGGUCUGUUUUGUUGGUUUGUCGUCGUUAUUUAGCACAACAGCGCAGCGAGCUUUCAGGCUAACUGAAGUGACAGGCGGGGAAGUUCAACUGUUAAACUAAAUUUACUAUAAAAUAUGAACGGUAUCUGCAUGUGCAUGGGCUCUAUGUAAUAAGAAAUACUUAGAAAUGUCUUUUAGGCUGGUAUUUAGAAUUAAUGCAUUUAAUUUUUCACAGGGAGUUCAGUUUUUGCAGGAUGGCGUUUGUGAAAAGCGGAUUGCUGCACAGACAGAGCACCAUCUUGCGUCGCUGGAAGAAGAACUGGUUUGACCUCUGGUCAGAUGGACGUCUGGUGUUCUAUGAUGACCAGCAGCGGCGAGACAUGGAAGACGAGAUCCACAUGAAGGUGGACUGCAUCAACAUUCGCAGCGCCAAUGCCUGUAGAGAUCUCACCCCACCUGAUGGCAAAAGCAAAGACUCUCUUCUGCAGAUCGUCUGCAGGGACGGUCGUGUCAUUAGCAUCUGUGCAGACAGUGCAGAUGAUGCUCUGGCUUGGUCUAUUGCUCUUCAGGAUGCCAGAGUGAAUACUGCUGUGGCAGCCCCUCAGAUUGGUUUUGCUGAGGAAGUCAUAGCGUCAGCCCCUCCCCCUUAUUCUGAAUUGAAUCCGACUCCACAGGUUUUCUAUCCUGAUGGAUAUGGAGGUUAUGUUCAACAUCCUCCACCUUAUGCAACACAGAUGGUCUACUCGGCAGACGGGCAGCAGUACACAGUUGCCUACCCCUAUCAUUAUCAAGGGCCUUACACUCCCGGUGUUAACCAUGUUAUAGUGCAGGAGCGUCGCCGUGAUGAUGCAGGUGAUGUCGCUCUGGGGAUGUUAGCUGGCGCUGCGACAGGAUUGGCUCUCGGCUCUCUGUUUUCCGUAUUUUAAUGUCUCCAUGGCAACCCAGUCCAACCCUACAGCGGGAAACUGUUCCUAUGCUGUUUUAACUUAAUCUUUCCAUCUCUGCAACGUAUUGCAUCAGAUAAUGUGGCUGGGCUGGAAAUGUUUGGUUUUUUAUUUAUUAAUCAAAUUUGUCUUUGUACCACAGCUUAAUUGUACUUUUGAUUAGGCAUAGAAAAAACUUGUUUGCUUUGCAAAUGUAAUCUGUAUAUGGAGAUAAUAGUCAAAGUUUAUAGAUCACCCAUUCUUGUCAGCUGUCUUGGUUGAAAAAGUUAAAGUGUGUCAGUCAUUUCCAAUAAUUUUGUCCUGUAUUUGCCUCUUCUUUUGUGUCUGGCCUUCACUUAACCAUUGUUUUAUUGAAUUGCUUGUGUUAAUUUAUGGCUUGUAUUAUCAAUACCAUUUUUCCUUCUUUUUUUUGUUGAGAAUUUACACUCCCUGUGUGAGAUGUUUUAUUUAGUUUGUGUGAAAAUGUCUGCUGCUUAAUUGCCGUGAUUUUGUUUUGACUCAUAUUUGUGUGUGGACAUUUUACAUUUGUUUUUUCACUCUUGCUUUAAAUAGUUAAUAUAAAAAUGCAAGAUAUCUCAAGUGAACUAGCACAUUAUUCACAACGUUUGUGAUUGAACGCUUCAGGUGAGAAGGGAAACUACAGGGAAAAGUCACUUAGGAUACAGAUGAACUGCAUUUUCUGGUAGAGACAUGGGGUAUUGAACCUACUCAUGUGAGCGGUUAGAUUUACUGUAACAUCUACACUCAAUUGUGUGAUUGAAUUUGUUCUUUAAUUUGACUGCUGAUGCGUUUACAAUGCUUUGAACUCAUUUAAAACUAUUAUAUAACAGGUCAUAAGUAUUUAAGCUAAAAUGAUUGUAAGUAUCUCUAAUUUAUACAGUAUAAUUGUAGCAGAAUGGAUUUCAAAUCAUUGUUUAGUUUAACUCGGGUCCUUUGUUUGUAACAUUUGUGACUCAUUGAGUUUAACCAACCUGAGUGAAAUCUUUCAUCAGAGAUAAUACUUGAUGCUCGUAAUAUAUAAUAUGCUUUCAUGCUGUGUUUGUUGUUUUCUUUAUUGCUUUGCUGUUUGAACCUCAAAAUCAAGUUUCAUUGUUUGAAUCUUAUGUUUUACCAUGUUAAUCAUAAGUGUGUGUUAUUCAUUUACAACUAUUAAAAUAAGAUGAUGUGUGGACUGUAUGGUCAAUUGA